AUGGGUUGUCAAGCUCUUAUUGUUCAGCGGGCUAAUUAUUCUUCACAACCGAAAACUGUGUCAAAAGACGUCGACGUAACUCAUCCUUCGCAGAAGGAGCUCAUGUGGACAGUUGAUGAUGAUGAUAAUGGUAAAAUUUCCAGCAACUCUAGGGUCUUGUGUAUGACAUGUGUGGUUAGUAAUGGAAGAAAUGAGUUUGGAUAUUUAUUGGAAGAAAUGAGAUUAGCGUGUGGAGAAUUUGGCAAUUGGGUGAAAUUUGUUAUUCCCGGUCCUGUUGGAGGUGAUCCCAGCGUUGGAAAGGUUUUUGUUGAGUAUGAAGAUGCUGGGGUUGGCUGCAAAUGCACGAGAAGGUUUGAAUGGUGGGGUAUUCAAAUGGAUGUCUGGUUGGAUUCCGGUGGUGGCCGACUUUUAUCCCAGCACCUAUUCUCACGAGGGGAUUUUCGGUUUAGAGUUUAG